AUGGAAUGUAACAGGAAAAGGCUGUCGUCGGCUCCUCUUCAAGCGCCUGCGGAGGUGACCCAAGUAAGCUUGAAUCACAAUGACCUCAUAAUGUUCCCUGUUCUUGGUGAAAUUUCCUCCAACAUCACAUUACUAUCAUUAAUCCACAAUCGCAUCUCUGAGUUAACCAUGCAUCAGUUGCAGCCAUAUGUAUCCUUGGAGUCGCUGGACCUCACAUCCAAUUCCAUAUCUGAACUCACCGUUGCAUCAUUCCCAUCCAUGCAGCUGAAAUAUCUGAAUUUGAGUAAUAACAGGCUCAGUGUCCUGGAGCCUGGCUGCUUUGAAAACAUUUCCAGUUCCCUUCUGGUGUUGAAACUGAAUAGGAACAGACUGGUGACUCUCCUUUCCAAAGUCUUCAAGCUUCCACAGCUCCAGUUUCUUGAAAUGAAGCGAAACAAGAUUAAGAUAAUUGACAGCCUGACAUUUAAAGGGAUGGACUCGUUGAAGUCACUCAAGUUGCAAAGAAAUGGAAUCACUAAGUUAAUGGAUGGAGCGUUCUUUGGUCUUAACAACAUGGAAGAACUAGAAUUGGAGCACAAUAAUUUGACAGAGCUCAAUAAAGGCUGGUUGUAUGGUCUACGUAUGCUGCGUGUCUUGAGGGUCAACCAAAAUGCCAUCAACAUCAUUCGACCUGACGCUUGGGAGUUUUGCCAAAAGCUGGUAGAACUAGACCUCUCCUUCAAUGACCUGAGCAGACUGGAGGAUACUGCCUUUGUGGGACUGGGCCUCCUGGAGAGCCUGAACCUUAGCGAUAAUUCCAUUGGUCACUUGGGAGAAAGGGUGUUCACGAGCCUCGGAACUGUGCGCACACUAGAUAUUCGCAAUAAUGAAAUCUCCUGGGCCAUUGAAGACUCUAUUGGUUUAUUUGAUGGAAUGAAGACCCUCAACACAUUACUGCUCCAGAGAAACAAAAUCAAGUCGAUCACUAAAAAGGCGUUUGAAGGCCUAGACGAAUUGGAAUAUCUGGAUCUGAGCAGGAAUGAAAUCAUGUCUAUACACCCAGAGGCUUUCUCCCACGUGAAGCUGAAAGUCUUCGUUUUGAACACCAGUAGCCUGCUGUGUGACUGUCACAUGCAGUGGUUGCCCCCCUGGCUCUUGGACAAGCCUUUUCAGACCUCUGUGUUUGCUGUCUGCGCACAUCCUGCUAAUCUACUGGGGCAAAGUGUCCUCACCAUCAGCCAAGACAGUUUUGUUUGUGAUGACUAUCCGAAGCCUCACAUCAUGACACACCCAGAUACAUUGGUGGCAUUACGGGGUAAUAAUGUGACGUUGAGCUGCGUGGCCUCGAGCAGCAGCAGUUCUCCCAUGACCACUGCCUGGAGAAAGGAAGGAGAGGUUCUCUAUGACGCUGAGGUGCACAACUACGCUCGAUACCAGGACGGAGAACUGAUGUACACCACAGUCUUGCACAUGCUCAACGUCAACUUCACUGAUGAAGGCCGAUACCAGUGUGUGGUCUCCAACCAUUUUGGAUCCAAUUACUCUAAUCGGGCCAGGCUCACUGUGAAUGAAAUGCCAUCUUUUCUAAAAACUCCCAUGGACCUAACGAUCAGGACAGGGACCAUGGCCAGGCUGGAGUGUGCAGCAGAAGGCCAUCCAUCACCACAAAUUGCUUGGCGUAAAGACGGAGGCACAGACUUUCCAGCGGCCAGAGAGCGAAGGAUGCAUGUGAUGCCAGAUGACGACAUCUUCUUCAUUGCAAACGUGAAGAGUGAAGACAUGGGGAUUUAUAGUUGCACUGCUCAGAAUGCAGCUGGAAGCUUAUCAGCUAAUGCCACUCUCACUGUUCUCGAAACUCCAUCUUUCCUUAGACCAUUGGAAGACCGCACAGUAGCUCGUGGAGAAACUGCUGUGCUCCAGUGUAUUGCUGGAGGAAGCCCCGCCCCUCGCUUAAACUGGACCAAAGAUGAUGGACCCCUGAUGCUGACAGAACGACACUUUUUUGCUGCAGCAAACCAGCUCCUCAUCAUUGUGGACGCAGGCCCGGCUGAUGCUGGGAAAUACACAUGCAUUAUGUCAAACACUCUGGGCACUGAGAGAGGCCACAUUUACCUUAGUGUGUCACCGUCACCAAACUGUGAGACUGGAUUGGCCUAUGAUCAGGACGGCUGGACCACUGUGGGUAUUGUGGUCAUCGUGGUGGUGUGCUGUGUGGUGGGUACGUCUCUGGUCUGGGUCAUUGUCAUUUACCACAUGCGGCGUAAGAAUGAGGACUACAAUAUCACCAACACAGAUGAGAUUAAUUUGCCCGCAGACAUUCCCAGCUACCUUUCCUCUCAGGGCACUUUGUCUGAGCCCCAAGAAGGAUACAGUAACUCAGAAGCAGGGAGCCACCAGCAGCUCAUGCCUCCUCUCUCCAAUGGAUAUGUCCAUAAAGGAACUGAUGGCGUGUGUUUUGGGGACACGGGCAGUGAAAUGGAAGCAGACGGCAGUAACGUUAUUUACUGCAGAAUCGGUUCUAUGUUCAAUGGUCGGAGCAGCUUCCACCCAGGAGAUGUCCGUGAGGGUCAGACAGCAGGUGCUGCUCCUCUGGUCAUCUACUCUGACUGUUAUGAUAAUGCUAACAUUUACUCUCGCACUCGGGAGUAUUGUCAGUAUGGCUAUCUCGGGGAAGAUGAUGCAAUGGACCGGGGCCUAAAAAUGAGCCUGACUGAGCAUGCCCAGCAGGACAAUGCUGUGAUGGAAAACCUCUUUAGUAACCGGUGCAGCUGCUGUGUUCUCUCUUCCAACGACAAAAGCUGCAAUAGCCAUUCCCUUCCAGAUAAAAACAUUCAUGAUUUUCUUGACUGUCCUCUUUUAAAAGAUGGGAAAUAUCCACCAGUAAAGUCUCCGACAAUGCUUUCCCAACUCCCGGUGAUGGUGCACCGGCCACCCCUUUUGUGCUCCUCUGUGGAUGGCAGUGUCGGGCACAGUGAAAGUACACAGGACCACAGAAUGGCUAAUAGGACUAAUCCCUUAGAGAACCUCACUUCCACAUAG